AUGGCCGGACAACAAAAUAAUCCACCCGUUCUUUUUCACACUAGAAUCGAGGACCUUCCUCGAACCAUACCAACUUCUCGCCAAUCGGUCGUCCUUUCUCCCGAAAUUGACACUUUCACGGUAAAAGGCAACCAUUUGCAAAUGGUUAAGGACUUUUGUUUUGACGGGAAAAACAAAAGGGAUCCUCAUGAGCAUCUCGACAAGUAUGAGAUGAUUUGUAAUUUAUUCAACUAUGGAGAAAAUCAAAGCAACAAUGUCAAGAUGAAGCUUUUUCCUAUGUCUCUCACGGGUGAGGCUCAUAAAUGGCAAGACGAGGAUGAAUCCAUUGUUGAGGCUUGGCUAAGAAUGAAUGAUCUUUUAUGGGAAUGCCCCGGGCAUGGGGUGAGUGAUACCGAGAUUGUGGGUAUAUUCAUGGAUGGUAUGAAUAGGGAGAAUUUUGAGAAAAUGGUCAUGACUUGUGGGGGUAGUAUUACUUAUAAGACUUCAAGUGAGCUUUGGAAAAUGUUUGAGGAUAUGGCAAAAGCUCAAGUUACUAGGUCCCCGAGUAGAGAUAGGAGGUCAAGAAAAGUGGUAGCUCGGGUAAAUGGAGGUGAAACAUCCGAGGUAGUUCCUGAAAUUCAGAAACUUUCAAACCGAAUGGAUGAAACGUUCUCUAUGGUGGAGAAAAACUUUGGAGGACUAGAGCGAGAUGUGAAGAUAAUGGCCGGGGGAUGUAUUCCUUGUGGAGGACCACACCAUGCCGAUGAAUGUGAUUCGGUAGUUAAUGAAGAUGUGAAUUUUAUUCAAAACCAACGUCAAGGCCAAUAUCAACCUCUAUUUCAACGUGGUGGCAAUUAUCAAGGCCGUCACCAAGGUAAUUCUUCAAACUCUUCUAAUUUCUAUUCUAACAAUCGUGGUGGAAAUUUUCAAAAUAGGUGGCAAAAGGAGAAUAAUCAUGGUACACCUCAACAACAACCACCACCAUCACCCCCAAAGAAAGAUGAUAAUGGGGAGGAAGGAUCACCUCUCAUGGCCAUGAUGGCCAAGUUCCUAGAUAAGCAAGAAAAGAGGGAGGAGGCUCAAGAGAAGCGAAAUGCUUCAAUGGAGAACUAUUCAAAGCUUUUGAAUGAUAAGAUUGAAGGCUUGCAUGGCAAGAUAGAUGUGAGAAAUUGCAACAAUCAUGCCUUGAUAUCCAAUUUGGAAAAGAGAAUUGAUAGAUUGAGCAACCAACAAAGGCAACCGGGUACUCUUCCAGGCAAUACUCAACAAAACCCGAGCCAAAACCAAGGAGGUUCAUGGAGAAAUGGAGAUGACAAGUACAAAGGACCCCAACACCGGAAUGAAGCCGUAAAUGCCAUAUCUACACGGUCCAGGAAGGUAGUUUCUUCUCCCAUUGAUAAAUCUUGUGUUUCUAAUGUUUCUCCACAGGUUGAGCAAUUUGAUGAAGAAUUUGAUGAAGAGGUGGAAAUGGAGUCACCACCGGUGACUAAUUCGGUUCCUAAGGCCACACCAAUCAAAGAACCCGAAGUUAAGCCAUAUAAGCCAAAGAUCCCUUUUCCUCAACGGUUGAGGAAGGAGAAGAUUCAAGAACAAUACAACAAGUUCUUUGACAUGAUUAAGUCGGUGAUAAUCAAUGUGCCAUUAGUGGAUCUUAUUUCGGGCAUGCCCAAUUAUGCCAAGUUCAUCAAAGAACUAGUGACGGACAAGAAGAAACUUGAUGAAGCAAAGGCAACCUUUCUAAAUGAAGAAUGCUCGGCGGUUAUCAAAAACAAGCUUCCACCCAAACUUUCGGAUCCAGGGAGUUUCUUAAUUGCUUGUUCAUUUGGUAGAAAAUUAACUUGUAAAGCUUUAGCAAGCAUCAAUUUGAUGCCCUAUUCCGUUUUUACCAAGCUUUCUUUGGGGCAACUAAGGCCUACCAAAAUGAGCAUCCGCCUUGCGGAUCACUCUUUUCAAUACCCAUUGGGGGUGGCCGAAAAACUGCAAGUGCAAGUAGGCCAAUUUGUCUUUUUAGUUGAUUUUGUAAUUUUGGAAAUGGAGAAGGACACCAAGGUGCCUCUCAUUUUGGGCCGACCAUUUUUAUAUACCGCGGAUGCUAUCAUUCGGGUAAAGGACAAGGAAAUUUCCUUGGGUGUCGGGGAAGAUCAUAUUGUGUUUAAAAUUGAAAAAGCUUUGAAACAUUCUUAUUCUUCCGAUGACACUUGUUUUAGAAUUAAUGUUAUACAUGAUGCGGUCGAGUUGGAAAAAUUGGAGCUUGUAGGAGUUGAUGGUGAAGAAAGCGAGGAGAGAAUGGCAAGCAUUGGAUAA